GGGGUUAGGUUAGGUUGACACUGGGCGUGGAGUGACUCAGGACAGGCGGAUGACUCUGUGGAUUCACUCAUGCAUGGUCUCACAGUGUGACGGCCCAGACGUGGGUGGAUAGUGGCUGCAGCUCCGUUUAACGGAACACCUCCGACUUCAGAAAACUGUCAACAAACAAAGAGCAACUUUAUCACUAUUAUCACUGUUACGCGCGGCUGUUUUCCAGAACAGGGCAGAGCGACCUGGAGGAGCUGGUUCAUGUGCGCUUGGAAGCGACCAACCAAAAAAGAAAAAAGAAAAUAGUUGAUGAAAUUUUCAAAGACAUAAGUCUUGAGGGAGGCUCUCAGCAGGAGGUCCCAUCGCUUCCCAACCAUGGCACCGCUGACAGCUGAUGGAUGUGAUCUUAUGUAACUUUGGCAUCUUCAAAGGUGUCAGAUUGUGAACCUUAUAGUCGAUGGAUUUAUCACCUUUAAUUCACCAGUUUCUCACCUGUACUUUCUCUGUAGGCUAGAAACGUGGAAGCAUGGGCGACUGGAGUUUUCUGGGGCGGCUGCUGGAGAAUGCUCAGGAGCACUCAACCGUCAUCGGCAAAGUCUGGCUGACCGUCCUCUUCAUCUUCAGGAUCCUGGUGCUCGGCGCCGCAGCUGAAGAGGUCUGGGGCGACGAGCAGUCCGACUUCACCUGUAACACCCAGCAGCCCGGUUGCGAGAACGUCUGCUACGACGAGGCGUUCCCCAUCUCCCACAUCCGCUUCUGGGUGCUGCAGAUCAUCUUUGUGUCCACACCGACCCUCAUCUACCUGGGCCACGUGCUGCACAUCGUCCGCAUGGAGGAGAAGCGUAAAGAGAAGGAGGAGGAGAUGCGCAAAGCCAACAGGUUACAGGAGGAGAAGGAACUCCUUUAUAGAAACGGUGGUGAUGCUGGAGGUGGGGGGAAGAAGGAGAAGCUACCCAUCAGAGACGAGCAUGGCAAAAUCCGCAUCAGGGGUGCGCUGCUGCGCACUUACGUGUUCAACAUUAUUUUCAAGACCCUGUUUGAAGUGGGUUUCAUUUUGGGCCAGUAUUUCCUGUAUGGCUUCAAGCUGAGGCCCCUGUACAAAUGUUCACGUUGGCCGUGCCCCAACACUGUUGACUGCUUCAUAUCGAGGCCCACUGAAAAGACAAUUUUUAUCAUAUUUUUGCUUGUGGUGGCUUGCGUGUCUCUUUUGCUGAAUUUGUUAGAGAUCUAUCACCUCGGAUGGAAGAAACUCAAACAGGGCAUGACCAACGAGUUCGCCCCUGAUAGCAAGUUUCUGCAGCGAGCCGGCGCUGAAGAGCCUCCGUGUUUGGCCUCGGCCUCCAGAACUGCCCCAUCCGGCUACACUCCCAACUACAUUGAGGUGACGGCGGGCAGCGGGGCGUUUCUGCCGCCUAUUAGGCUAGCAACCAUGGCUUCAACAGCGGAGUACAAGAUGGAAGACCUCCAGCGAGAGGACUCCCUUCAGCAGUCUGCUUCACCUUCUCAAUACUACAUCAGCAACAACAACAACCACCGGCUGGCCACACAGCAGAACUGGGCCAACCUGGCCACUGAGCAGCAGACUCGGGAGAUGGGUUCCCCUUCGCCAUCCUCAUCUUCUUCUGCCAACGAGAGCGAACAGAAGAUGCCGCCUGGUGCUGCUCUGCUUCUUUACAGCAACAACAGCAACGGCAACACCACCGACGGCAGAAGCCCAGGUACCGCCUCUUACGCAGACAGCGGCGGGGGAGACAGAAACGCACAGGAAGAGGUCUGCAACACGACCACCACGGUGGAGAUGCACGAGCCCCCCCUUAUGGUCAGCAUAGACCCACGGCGGCUUAGCCGUGCGAGCAAAAGCAGCAACGUCAGGGCGAGGCCAAACGAUCUGGCUGUCUAAAACCUUUUAAAAGCUUUUAAACCCAAGGGGACCGAGGGAGUAUUUGGUCAGGUAUCAUUGCCCUCAGCCACAACCUUUUAGAGCAAUCGGUGAGUUGUAGAGCUGCUGAUGUAAAAGGUUGGUUAAUUUUUUUAGGUCCGUACAUAGAAAAUUAAUCACACAAUUCGACAAAGAGAGGAAGUUAAAAUUUCAUGUCAUUAAAAGACAAUUUUUCCCAACCGUUUUGGUUUGGUGAGACACGUCAUGGUGUUUCUUUAGAUUUUCUUUUAGCCUAGAUUACAUAUUUUUCCUCAUAUAAGAUAUAAAAUGGUAGCAUACUGACAAGGCACAGACCAGUAUGAGAUUCCUUUAUGAGAAAGUCCUCUGUGUUCAUGUUUUCUAUCAGUUUGUCGACCUGCUCAGAUCUGCUGCUCGACAGAUUUGCCUUUGCUGUCGUUUUAGAACGAGAGGGAAGGGUGUUGCUACUUUGGUUUCUACACCAUUACCAUCUAAGUUUUAAGAAACUGGAAAUACUUUUUUUCAGCCAGUCGUCCAGCGGCGUGCAGCAAAGAACUGCGUUAGUUUUGUACAGCAACAGUCACUCUUGCACUUUCCCUAGGAUAUUAUUAAAAUGACCUUAACUCCUAGGAACGGUGACACGAAAAGCACCGAUACCAUCAGGGUUUUUUAAUCUCACCGUUUUUUAACUGGCUUAACGCUCCAACAUGUGACAUGUGUUGCAUUUUUGGUCCGAUUGAUUUCUUAUUUUAAGGUAUUUUAUAGAAAUGACCCUUAAAUUAAUCUUUUUAACAAUAGAUGACAGUUCUAUAACUCACCGAUUCCCUGGCUUUUGUUUCACCCUAAAUCCAUGAUUUUCCAUGAUGUUAUGCCGAUGUCUGACAAAUUAUGCUGUAAAAAGGAUGAGAGAGAAAAAUGUAGGUACCUGCCAAAGAAAUGUUGCACAAAGGUGUUGCAUGCCAAAAAAAAUAAAACCUUCACAAUGAAAAGCAGAUAUAAGGGCAGCCGACAAAAUGAAGAUAAAAAUGUCCUCCUUGUUUAAAAUACAGUGUUCUGGUAAAGGUAUUCCACACACCCACAAUUACCUUUUUAUUACACCUGAGCGACAACAGAACAUUGGAAGUGCCAAGAUUUUUAUUGUUCAACAAUUAAUUUGUUUCUUUAUUGAUUUUUAUUCUGAAAAGUGCUAUUUUUUUAAGAAGCUGAUUUGAACUUUACUCAUUAACUGUGCCACCUGUAGUAGUCAGUUUUUGACUGAGGAACAGCUCAGAUUAAAAGAAAAAAAGAAGAAAAAUGAAAAAAACCAAAGACAGCUUUUUGCGCAUUUUUAAAAUGCUGUUGUGCAGUUGCCCACUAGUGCUUUUUAUUUUUUUCUUGUGCUUGUCAUGAUACCCAAACACCUCUUGGGAUACCCAGGGGGUUGGUAACCCCAUGAGCUGCCACGGUCCUCUGUGGUUUGUCAUUGUCCUGUCUGGUUGUUCACGCUGAAAGCAUUUUCAAAAUGCUUUUUUUUUUUAUAAUUAUCAUCAAACCUAUUCUAGGAUUUAACUCUUAGCCUAACACCAGGAGCACCAGAGUGAAAACCUAAUCCGCACUUCACAUGUUACUGAACGUAAAGUAUGAAAAACAAAAGGGACAGUUUAGUACUUUUAAGUAAGGUUCUUUUAAAAGAGUAUAGCCUACAUCUUACCUGCAAUGGAUAAGUCUAAAGGCGUCAUUAUUUAAUAUUAAUAUUGACUCUCAUUGGUGGCUAAAGCUAACGCCGAGAAUGAAAGAGUAUAGACCAAUCUAGACUUCUACCUUAUUAAAAAUAAUCCAAUUUAAAAAUGGUUUAGAUGUUUAUGCAAAUGCUUUUAAAGGAACUUUGAAAACCAUUGUCAUGUUUGCAUCCUGUGGCUGAUUACAAAGAAACUGCUGAUGUUUAACCUGGAAAUGAAGGUUCACCACCAGUCGUCCUCCUAUAGUCUCUGUCCUACUGAAAUUAGGGGGUUAACUGAGGUUUUUCAAACACGGGUCAACUUGCUAACAAUCAUGCUGGGUUAGCAUUGAGGAUGGCAUCAGUAAGACAGAAAUCGGGAAAGUAAACAAUGGAGAGCAUUAUGGAGGGAAGCCAGGGCCUAGUAAGUGUUCUUUAUUGUUAAGUUCUUUUGUCCUUCCGAAUCUCUCU